AUGCAAGGGAGAUACCCGCUGCUCAAGACAGUCGAAGGCCUACGCGAUCUUCUCAAUCGUCCACCGACUGUUCCUCUAACCAUCACCCACACGCACACUGAAGAUACGGACGAAUACAAUGGCAGUAGAGCUCGGACAGGGGGAUCAGCGAACGAGGUCAAUGAGCCCGCAGCUUUGUACCGAGACGAGUACCGCGAGCUGGCGAGGAAAACUGGUUCUGAGCCGGAAUACCGGACGUACCUCUACGAUGAUGUGGUGCAUCGUCUCGGUCGUGGGCCUCUGUGGACAGCGCAGUCGAGUUCCUAG